CUUCCUUCUCCACCUUUUAGUAGACAGUAGACUUACACUGAUUGCUCUCACAAACACCAAGCAAUUCUCUCUCUCUCUCUCUCACACACACACACUCAACUCUCUUCCUUAUAUAAGUUCUAACACACUUGCAUAUCAUAUCGUGUCUGAAAACAUUCGUACCAAAACACUAAGCACCCAAGCUACCAAAGGAAAAAAAAAAAAAGAAAAAAAGAAAAAAAAAAGUUGUUGCAUUUAUGAUGGAUGAAUCAUCAUCGUCGUCAUCGCCAUCGUCGUCGCAUGGAGUGGAGCUUCCCGGAUUCCGCUUCCACCCCACCGAGGAAGAGCUUCUCGAUUUCUACCUCCGGAGAAUGCUGGCCGGAAACAAACUGCACGGAGACAUCAUCGGCUUUCUGAACAUCUACAAGCAUCAUCCUACCGAGUUGCCGGGUCUGGCAAGAAUCAAUGGCGAGAGAGAGUGGUACUUCUUCGUACCUCGAGAUAGGAAGCACGGCCGGCCUAAUCGGACCACGGAAAACGGUUUCUGGAAGGCGACCGGCUCCGACAAGAAGAUCCUAACCUCGUCGGAUCCGAGGAAGGCGUUGGGAGUGAAGAAGACGCUGGUUUUCUACGAGGGGAGGGCGCCGCGAGGGAGGAAGACCGAUUGGGUGAUGAACGAGUACCGCAUGCCGGAUGCGUGCACCCUACCUCAGGAAAUAGUGUUGUGCAAGGUAUACAGGAAGGCGACGUCGUUGAAGGUGCUGGAGCAGAGGGCUGCCAUGGAAGAGGAGAUGAUGGCCUACAUUUCUCCGACUCCGUCGUCGGAAUAUUCCAUGUCGUUUUCCGAUUUCGAGGAUGUGAAGUUUUCCGGCGGCGGCCAAGGGUGGAGCUGCACCACGGCCUUGAACAUGGAUUGGAACCAAGACACUCUCUGGCCACUCGACACUACUUUCAUGCCACUCUGUUAAAUAAAAACCGGUCGUUAAUCGGUCGUAUAUGUAUACGCGAUCAUAUUGUCGACCGUUAUUUUCGGUCGUUAAUUGAGCAUUUUCUGGUAGUGAUAUCCUUUGACGGAGAAUGGUGGAAAAAUAUGUAUUUUCAUCAUUUUGUUUUAUUCUUUUCAUAUGUUUUUUUCAAACGCCCUGACUUUCACUUGAAUUUAUGAUAAUAUUAUCAUGACGUAUCGACGUGAUAAUAGUUUUUUCC